AUGGUCUUUUGUAUUGAUAGUAGGGGCUGGGCUCGACCACCGCAAAACAAUAACCCUAUCUCUUGUCUCUCUCUCUCUCUCUCUCUCUCUCUCUCUCUCUCUCUCUCUCUCUCUCUCUCUCUCUCUCUCUCUCUCUCUCUCUCUCUCUCUCUCUCUCUCUCGCGCACGCGCUCUGCCGCAUUCUCUCUCACGCCCUGCCGCAUUCUCUCUCUCGCUCUGACGCAUUCGCUCACUCUCGCUCUUCCGCAUUCUUUCUCUCUUGCUCUGCCGCAUUCUCUCUCUCGCCCUGCCGCAUUCUCUCUCUCGCCCUGCCGCAUUCUCUCUCUCGCUCUGCCGCAUUUGCUCACUCUCGCUCUGCCGCAUUCUCUCUCACGCCCUGCCGCAUUCUCUCUCUCUCGCUCUGCCGCAUUCGCUCACUCUCGCUCUUCCGCAUUCUCUCUCUCUCGCUCUGCCGCAUUCUCUUUCUCGCCCUGCCGCAUUCUCUCUCUCGCCCUGCCGCAUUCUCUCUCUCUCUCUCUCUCUCUCUCUCUCUCUCUCUCUCUCUCUCUCUCUCUCUCUCUCUCUCUCUCUCUCUCUCUCUCUCUCUCUCUCUCUCUCUCUCGCGUGCGCGCGCGCUCUGCCGCAUUCUCUCUCACGCCCUGCCGCAUUCUCUCUCUCGCCCUGCCGCAUUCUCUCUCUCUCUCUCUCUCUCUCUCUCUCUCUCUCUCUCUCUCUCUCUCUCUCUCUCUCUCUCUCUCUCUCUCUCUCUCUCGCGCGCGCGCGCGCGCUUUGCCGCAUUCUCUCUCACACCCUGCCGCAUUCUCUCUCUCGCUCUGCCGCAUUCGCUCACUCUCGCUCUUCCGCAUUCUCUCUCUCUCUCUCUCUCUCUCUCUCUCUCGCUCUGCCGCAUUAUCUCUCUCGCCCUGCCGCAUUCUCUCUCUCGCUCUGCCGCAUUCUCUCUCUCUCUCUCUCCCUGCCACUCUCACGCUACCUCUCUCUGCCACUCUCGCAUCCUCGCUCAUUGCCGCUCUGGCUCUCUGA